UUUUAAGGCUGAGAUGAAUACAGCCGUACUCUCUAGGGAGUAUUCUUUUUUCAAAUUUAGGCACCCCCUUGCUGAGUUGGUCGCAAUCAUUGUUUCGCUCCAGCAUUAACCACAUUCCAGAGAGGCGGAGUGCACCCCGUCCACUUCCUCGCAUUCCUUCUCCAAAAACGAGUCCCCUGCGCUAAAUUGUGUUUAAAAUGGGUUUUGGCGCACUCUUGUCUCUUUUAAUAUGUAAGAUGUGGCUGUUAGUGGUGCAUUGCAAUAUUUUCUCGACCUCAAAUUGAAAUGUGAGGCUCUUUUGGAAAACUGGAGAAAAACUUGACAAGGGAAAAUUCCUCCGCGCAGCGCGCCAUUGACUGUAAAGAUCUUUCAAUUUAACACAAACUGAAGUUGACAAAUGUAUCCUGACGUUGAAACUUUGUGAUACGGGUUUAUGUUUUCGAAGAAAAAGAUCAUGCAACGCUUCGAGAUUUCCAAGCACACUGGCUGUUCAGCAAACAGGCGACGAUGCCUGGAUUGAGCCUGCGUUUUGUUAUGAUUUCCAAGUGAAAUGCAAUUACUGCUAUCUCUCACUCCGUAGUCGGUUUGUGGACUAGUGCGCUCUUUCUCUGAACUUGUUCGUCGGCUCCGGAGCAAACCAUGGAUCACUAUGAGGAAGAUUUGGGACUCCGGGCGAGUAAAUUAAUGGAGGACCUUUCCUUAUAUGAAGCAUACAAGGAUGGAAUGUACAGUUUAAGGAGGGACAUGGUUAUCAACCCCGAUUUGGAUUUUUCGUCACCAACGAUACCCGAGCAGAAAAGUACGACAAUGAAUGGCAACUCUGUGCCUCAGCAACAGACACACACCGUUGAGAAUUACAUGACUGGGAAUAAAGUGUACACUGCGGCUCCCGUGCGCCCCGUGAAUGGCAACAGAGCCGUUCUUGUGGAUUAUUGCACCCCUCAAAGAGACAUAGUUUAUCCUAAUGAAGAUAGCUAUUGCACCAAAUCCGAAAUUGCUUUGCCGUGUUAUAGCGGCGCGUCCGAGCGACACAGGAGGUACUCCUUGGAGGUGCUGGGGCAUAGGUACAGCACUGGUAGCGCGUACGAUGGAGUGGUUUUGAACAAGCCAGUACCUUCACCUGGCAACAGAUGCAACAGUAUAUGUGUUACCACCAACCACGACGGCAGAUACAAUGCAACCAGCCCGCGGUCCAGUUUCGUAUCCUCCCUCUCCUCCCAGGAGCAAAGCAAACAUGCAAGCCCGAGGUCGAGCAUCAGUAGCCCGCGCACGAGUCUGGUGGUACCCGGGCAAGACAAGUACACUAGUCCCAGGUCCAGUCUGGUACACUGUGAAGGGAGCAGUGCCCUCAGCCCCCGGUCUAGCUAUGCAAGUACAGCCAGCGACACAAGUAAACAUUCCAGCCCAAGGGCCAGUCUGAACAGCUAUGACUGCUGCAGUAAACCCAGCAGUAACCGCACCAGCGGCAUCAGUAUGGGCUACGACCAAAGGCACAUCAGCCCCAGGUCCAGCACAGCGAGCCAGUAUUCUUGUACCACCAGUCCACGCUCUAGCUAUUCAGAUUCGCGUUACAUGCUUGUGGAGAACCAUGAUCUGGAGGGUGCAGUUUUGCAUGGCAUGCCGGUGGCCAGUCCCCGGUCAAGCAUCUGCAGCCAGGACGGGUGCGCAAGACCCGGGACAAUAGCUAACUGCGUCGUUAGUCCCCGGUCCAGUAUCUCCAGUCACAGUUCCAGAAGUUCCCAGAGCUCCAGGGGAUCUAUGAGCACGUACCCUGAUCUCCAACUGCCUUCACCCAGGUCCUCAAUGCUGGGGACUGGUUUGCAGGAGGACAUACUAACACAAGAUUGUGGCGAUACCAACGGUGUUCAUAGUCGUAUCCAUCUCCAAGCGCUCUCUGGGAUGCCAGAGGCCCUGCCACAGCAUGCACCACAACAGUCAACCCAGGCAGGGAUGAACACAGAGGUGCCCGCUGGAUCACCAUCUUCUUCCUAUGGGCUCCAUACGAAAACUCCAGCCUCAGGGCAGAGGUUUAAACUACCUUACCAGGUGACCCCAUGCCGGGAAAGUGGCCCAAGCCAAGCAGAAAGGAGUCUGGAAGCACUCACCUUGGAGCUGGAGAAGGAGUUAGAAAUGCACAUGAAAAAAGAAUACUUUGGUAUCUGUAUCAAGUGUGGGAAAGGUGUAUAUGGAGCCAGCCAAGCCUGUCAGGCCAUGGGGAAUCUGUACCAUACCAACUGCUUCACCUGUUGCUCCUGUGGGAGGAGGCUGAGAGGUAAAGCUUUCUACAACGUCAACGGCAAGGUCUACUGUGAAGAGGACUUCCUGUACUCUGGCUUUCAGCAGACGGCAGAGAAGUGCUUUGUAUGUGGUCACCUCAUCAUGGAAAUGAUCCUGCAGGCACUGGGCAAGUCCUACCACCCUGGCUGCUUCCGCUGUGUGGUCUGCACAGAGGGUCUGGACGGAGUACCUUUCACUGUGGACGUGGAGAACAACAUCUACUGUGUUAAAGACUACCACACGGUCUUUGCCCCAAAAUGUGCAUCAUGCAACCAGCCCAUCCUCCCUGCUCAGGGCUCUGAGGAGACCAUCAGGGUGGUGUCCAUGGACAAGGACUACCAUGUGGAGUGUUAUCACUGUGAGGACUGUGGCCUCCAGCUAAACGACGAGGAGGGUCACCGCUUACCCCUGGAUUGCCACCUGCUCUGUCACGGCUGCCACAUCCGCAGGCUCAAGGUCCCAGUGCCCGGCCACCAGCCACCCAGCUACCCACUACACGUCACUGAGCUGUGAGAGGGCAGGGUCUGCGAGGAACCAACUCCAGCCAAGCCCAACCCACCACUGACCCGCCUCCCAGGUGACCUGAGACAACAUAGCAGAAAGAAGAAGGAAUCCCCCGCCCACGGAAUCCCGGGAACUUCAGAACCUCUUCUUGCAUGACAGAACAGAAUAGAGAGACCCUGGGAGACUUCGCUCUCUACUUGCCGGCCGUGCCCUGGGGAGAGGAGAUAGAUACAGGGCCAUGGACAAGUCAUGGACAAGACAAAUCAGUUUUUUUCUCCCUCCUUUCUCCUUUUGGUCUGUAAACAGUGAAGCAGGCCGAGGCCCCAGCCCACCCAGAGGCCCUGGCCGAUGUCAGCACCGUGACCCCUGCACAUUCAUCACAGUGGGGACUGGCCUGGAUGGACGGAGGGGGCCACUCUCUCUCUAUCUCCAUCGCUCUCUUUUUUCCUCCCUUUCUGUUUUCUUCAUUCCUUCGAGCUGAAUCCCAAUGCCAUGAUGCAUUUACUGCUCCUCUGUCAGAGAGAGAGAGAGCUGGACAGCGUCUCUGCCAGGAGGCUGGGAGGCCAUGAAACAGGCCGCUACAUAACAUUCCAGCACUGUCUGGCAGGGUUAGAGGGUUGGACAUGCUGUGCCUUCAGAGUGGCCUUCCACUGAGAAACCUCACCGAAUGGUGACAGUGCCACAGUCCAGCUAUCUACGGCUCCUUUUGGCUAUGCAAGGGUACCGAGUCUACCAGCAACAGAGCGCCUUCGUGUGACUCUGUGACACACUCUCCUAUACCAUCCCUUCAUCUGACUCUGUGACACAGUCUCCUGUACCAUCCCUUCAUGUGACUCUGUGAAACAGUCUCCUGUACCAUCCCUUCAUGUGACUCUGUGACACAGUCUCCUAUACCAUCCCUUCAUGUGACUCUGUGACACAGUCUCCUAUACCAUCCCUUCAUGUGACUCUGUGACACAGUCUCCUAUACCAUCCCUUCAUGUGACUCUGUGACACAGUCUCCUAUACCAUCCCUUCAUGUGACUCUGUGACACACCCUCCUGUACCAUCCCUUCAUGUGACACAGUCUCCUGUACCAUCCCUUCAUGUGACUCUGUGACACAGUCUCCUAUACCAUCCCUUCAUGUGACACACUCUCCUGUACCAUCCCUUCAUGUGACACACCCUCCUGUACCAUCCCUUCAUGUGACACAGUCUCCUGUACCAUCCCUUCAUCUGACUCUGUGACACAGUCUCCUGUACCAUCCCUUCAUGUGACUCUGUGAAACAGUCUCCUGUACCAUCCCUUCAUGUGACUCUGUGACACAGUCUCCUGUACCAUCCCUUCAUGUGACUCUGUGACACAGUCUCCUGUACCAUCCCUUCAUGUGACUCUGUGACACAGUCUCCUAUACCAUCCCUUCAUGUGACUCUGUGACACACUCUCCUGUACCAUCCCUUCAUGUGACUCUGUGACACACUCUCCUGUACCAUCCCUUCAUGUGACUCUGUGACACACUCUCCUGUACCAUCCCUUCAUGUGACACAGUCUCCUGUACCAUCCCUUCAUGUGACACAGUCUCCUAUACCAUCCCUUCAUGUGACACAGUCUCCUAUACCAUCCCUUCAUGUGACACAGUCUCCUAUACCAUCCCUUCAUGUGACACAGUCUCCUAUACCAUCCCUUCAUGUGACACAGUCUCCUGUACCAUCCCUUCAUGUGACACAGUCUCCUAUACCAUCCCUUCAUGUGACACAGUCUCCUGUACCAUCCCUUCAUGUGACACAGUCUCCUAUACCAUCCCUUCAUGUGACUCUGUGACACAGUCUCCUGUACCAUCCCUUCAUGUGACUCUGUGACACACCCUCCUGUACCAUCCCUUCAUGUGACUCUGUGACACACCCUCCUGUACCAUCCCUUCAUGUGACACAGUCUCCUAUACCAUCCCUUCAUGUGACUCUGUGACACAGUCUCAUGUACCAUCCCUUCGUGUGACUCUGUGACACAGUCUCCUGUACCAUCCCUUCAUGUGACUCUGUGACACAGUCUCCUGUACCAUCCCUUCAUGUGACUCUGUGACACACCCUCCUGCACCAUCCCUUCAUGUGACUGUGACACAGUCUCCUGUACCAUCCCUUCAUGUGACACACUCUCCUAUACCAUCCCUUCAUGUGACUCUGUGACACACUCUCCUGUACCAUCCCUUCAUGUGACACAGUCUCCUGUACCAUCCCUUCAUGUGACUCUGUGACACAGUCUCCUGUACCAUCCCUUCAUGUGACUCUGUGACACACUCUCCUGUACCAUCCCUUCAUGUGACUCUGUGACACAGUCUCCUGUACCAUCCCUUCAUGUGACACAGUCUCCUGUACCAUCCCUUCAUGUGACUCUGUGACACACUCUCCUGUACCAUCCCUUCAUGUGACUCUGUGACACACUCUCCUGUACCAUCCCUUCAUGUGACUCUGUGACACAGUCUCCUGUACCAUCCCUUCAUGUGACACAGUCUCCUGUACCAUCCCUUCAUGUGACACACUCUCCUGUACCAUCCCUUCAUGUGACACAGUCUCCUGUACCAUCCCUUCAUGUGACACAGUCUCCUGUACCAUCCCUUCAUGUGACACAGUCUCCUGUACCAUCCCUUCAUGUGACUCUGUGACACAGUCUCCUGUACCAUCCCUUCAUGUGACUCUGUGACACACUCUCCUGUACCAUCCCUUCAUGUGACUCUGUGACACAGUCUCCUGUACCAUCCCUUCAUGUGACACAGUCUCCUGUACCAUCCCUUCAUGUGACUCUGUGACACACUCUCCUGUACCAUCCCUUCAUGUGACUCUGUGACACACUCUCCUGUACCAUCCCUUCAUGUGACUCUGUGACACACUCUCCUGUACCAUCCCUUCAUGUGACUCUGUGACACAGUCUCCUGUACCAUCCCUUCAUGUGACACAGUCUCCUAUACCAUCCCUUCAUGUGACACAGUCUCCUAUACCAUCCCUUCAUGUGACUCUGUGACACAGUCUCCUGUACCAUCCCUUCAUGUGACUCUGUGACACAGUCUCCUGUACCAUCCCUUCAUGUGACACAGUCUCCUGUACCAUCCCUUCAUGUGACACAGUCUCCUAUACCAUCCCUUCAUGUGACUCUGUGACACAGUCUCCUGUACCAUCCCUUCAUGUGACUCUGUGACACAGUCUCCUGUACCAUCCCUUCAUGUGACUCUGUGACACAGUCUCCUGUACCAUCCCUUCAUGUGACUCUGUGACACAGUCUCCUGUACCAUCCCUUCAUGUGACUCUGUGACACAGUCUCCUGUACCAUCCCUUCAUGUGACACAGUCUCCUGUACCAUCCCUUCAUGUGACUCUGUGACACAGUCUCCUGUACCAUCCCUUCAUGUGACACAGUCUCCUGUACCAUCCCUUCAUGUGACUCUGUGACACAGUCUCCUGUACCAUCCCUUCAUGUGACUCUGUGACACAGUCUCCUGUACCAUCCCUUCAUGUGACUCUGUGACACAGUCUCCUGUACCAUCCCUUCAUGUGACACAGUCUCCUGUACCAUCCCUUCAUGUGACUCUGUGACACAGUCUCCUGUACCAUCCCUUCAUGUGACUCUGUGACACAGUCUCCUGUACCAUCCCUUCAUGUGACUCUGUGACACAGUCUCCUGUACCAUCCCUUCAUGUGACUCUGUGACACAGUCUCCUGUACCAUCCCUUCAUGUGACUCUGUGACACAGUCUCCUGUACCAUCCUUUCAUGUGACUCUGUGACACAGUCUCCUGUACCAUCCCUUCAUGUGACUCUGUGACACACUCUCCUAUACCAUCCCUUCAUGUGACUCUGUGACACAGUCUCCUGUACCAUCCCUUCAUGUGACUCUGUAACACAGUCUCCUGUACCAUCCCUUCAUGUGACUCUGUGACACAGUCUCCUGUACCAUCCCUUCAUGUGACUCUGUGACACACUCUCCUGUACCAUCCCUUCAUGUGACUCUGUGACACAGUCUCCUGUACCAUCCCUUCAUGUGACUCUGUGACACAGUCUCCUGUACCAUCCCUUCAUGUGACUCUGUGACACACUCUCCUGUACCAUCCCUUCAUGUGACUCUGUGACACAGUCUCCUGUACCAUCCCUUCAUGUGACUCUGUGACACAGUCUCCUGUACCAUCCCUUCAUGUGACUCUGUGACACAGUCUCCUGUACCAUCCCUUCAUGUGACUCUGUGACACACUCUCCUGUACCAUCCCUUCAUGUGACUCUGUGACACAGUCUCCUAUACCAUCCCUUCAUGUGACUCUGUGACACAGUCUCCUAUACCAUCCCUUCAUGUGACUCUGUGACACAGUCUCCUGUACCAUCCCUUCAUGUGACUCUGUGACACAGUCUCCUAUACCAUCCCUUCAUGUGACUCUGUGACACAGUCUCCUGUACCAUCCCUUCAUGUGACUCUGUGACACAGUCUCCUGUACCAUCCCUUCAUGUGACUCUGUGACACAGUCUCCUAUACCAUCCCUUCAUGUGACUCUGUGACACAGUCUCCUGUACCAUCCCUUCAUGUGACUCUGUGACACAGUCUCCUGUACCAUCCCUUCAUGUGACUCUGUGACACAGUCUCCUGUACCAUCCCUUCAUGUGACUCUGUGACACAGUCUCCUAUACCAUCCCUUCAUGUGACUCUGUGACACAGUCUCCUGUACCAUCCCUUCAUGUGACUCUGUGACACAGUCUCCUGUACCAUCCCUUCAUGUGACUCUGUGACACAGUCUCCUGUACCAUCCCUUCAUGUGACACAGUCUCCUGUACCAUCCCUUCAUGUGACUCUGUGACACAGUCUCCUGUACCAUCCCUUCAUGUGACACAGUCUCCUGUACCAUCCCUUCAUGUGACUCUGACACACCCUCCUGUACCAUCCCUUCAUGUGACUCUGUGACACACUCUCCUGUACCAUCCCUUCAUGUGACACAGUCUCCUGUACCAUCCCUUCAUGUGACUCUGUGACACAGUCUCCUGUACCAUCCCUUCAUGUGACUCUGUGACACAGUCUCCUGUACCAUCCCUUCAUGUGACACAGUCUCCUGUACCAUCCCUUCAUGUGACUCUGUGACACAGUCUCCUGUACCAUCCCUUCAUGUGACUCUGUGACACACUCUCCUGUACCAUCCCUUCAUGUGACUCUGACACACCCUCCUAUACCAUCCCUUCAUGUGACACAGUCUCCUAUACCAUCCCUUCAUGUGACUCUGACACACCCUCCUGUACCAUCCCUUCAUGUGACACAGUCUCCUGUACCAUCCCUUCAUGUGACUCUGACACACCCUCCUGCACCAUCCCUUCAUGUGACACAGUUUCCUGUACCAUCCCUUCAUGUGACUCUGUGACACAGUCUCCUGUACCAUCCCUUCAUGUGACUCUGUGACACACCCUCCUGUACCAUCCCUUCAUGUGACACAGUCUCCUGUACCAUCCCUUCAUGUGACUCUGUGACACAGUCUCCUAUACCAUCCCUUCAUGUGACUCUGUGACACAGUCUCCUGUACCAUCCCUUCAUGUGACUCUGUGACACAGUCUCCUGUACCAUCCCUUCAUGUGACUCUGUGACACAGUCUCCUGUACCAUCCCUUCAUGUGACUCUGUGACACAGUCUCCUGUACCAUCCCUUCAUGUGACUCUGUGACACAGUCUCCUGUACCAUCCCUUCAUGUGACUCUGUGACACAGUCUCCUAUACCAUCCCUUCAUGUGACUCUGUGACACAGUCUCCUAUACCAUCCCUUCAUGUGACUCUGUGACACACUCUCCUGUACCAUCCCUUCAUGUGACUCUGUGACACAGUCUCCUGUACCAUCCCUUCAUGUGACACAGUCUCCUGUACCAUCCCUUCAUGUGACACAGUCUCCUGUACCAUCCCUUCAUGUGACACAGUCUCCUAUACCAUCCCUUCAUGUGACUCUGUGACACAGUCUCCUGUACCAUCCCUUCAUGUGACUCUGUGACACAGUCUCCUGUACCAUCCCUUCAUGUGACACAGUCUCCUGUACCAUCCCUUCAUGUGACUCUGUGACACAGUCUCCUGUACCAUCCCUUCAUGUGACUCUGUGACACAGUCUCCUGUACCAUCCCUUCAUGUGACUCUGUGACACAGUCUCCUGUACCAUCCCUUCAUGUGACUCUGUGACACAGUCUCAUGUACCAUCCCUUCAUGUGACUCUGUGACACAGUCUCAUGUACCAUCCCUUCAUGUGACUCUGUGACACAGUCUCCUGUACCAUCCCUUCAUGUGACUCUGUGACACAGUCUCAUGUACCAUCCCUUCAUGUGACUCUGUGACACAGUCUCCUGUACCAUCCCUUCAUGUGACUCUGUGACACAGUCUCCUGUACCAUCCCUUCAUGUGACUCUGUGACACAGUCUCCUGUACCAUCCCUUCAUGUGACUCUGUGACACAGUCUCCUGUACCAUCCCUUCAUGUGACUCUGUGACACAGUCUCCUGUACCAUCCCUUCAUGUGACUCUGUGACACAGUCUCCUGUACCAUCCCUUCAUGUGACUCUGUGACACAGUCUCCUGUACCAUCCCUUCAUGUGACUCUGUGACACAGUCUCCUGUACCAUCCCUUCAUGUGACUCUGUGACACAGUCUCCUAUACCAUCCCUUCAUGUGACUCUGUGACACAGUCUCCUAUACCAUCCCUUCAUGUGACUCUGUGACACAUGCUCCAGUGCUACUUGGCAUAGUGGAUGUUCGUGGCAUGACAUGCGCUGUCAGUAGCCACAGCGCUAGCCUGGGCUGGCACUCAUUCCACUUAGCAGUCUUAGAAGACGUGACCUCGAGAGAUUCACAAGCAGUGUCUCAACGAUUAUAUAACAAGAUAAAAAGUUAGAAGCACGUAGAUUGCCUAUAUAUUUUGCAGACAUUUUCCACAUAAGAUUCUAGAAGUGUGUAUUUUCUUGCUGCGUUAUUAUUAUCAAAUGGAAUCGGAGGCCAAACGAGCUGUCGCCGUCUUAACGGUCCUCUGAAGGGUAUUGGUCCGUUGUUUAAUUUCUCCUCAAGGACACAUGUCCUAGAGGCCUCUGUGUUGUCGUUGGUCAUGCCAUCCACAGACCUGUUAACAUGUACAGUUCCACACACUGGUUAUUUGACCCAUAUGGUAGCACUGAGUAAGUGAGUGUCUGACCAUCGAGAGUCCCCACAUAUCCUCCUCAUGCAUACGUUACUGUGUCAUACCUACUGGUUGAUCUGAUUGUCUGGUUGGUUGUGGGAGUUGCUGGUCCAACCCAUGUCUCUGGGGAAUCCAUCCCCCGUGUUUCCCCUCGCUGGUUGUGCCGUUUUGUGCAUCUGUGUGUGUGUGUGUGUGUGUGUGUGUGUGUGUGUGUGUGUGUGUGUGUGUGUGUGUGUGUGUGUGUGUGUGUGUGUGUGUGUGUGUGUGUGUGUGUGUGUGUGUGUGUGUGUGUGUGUGUGUGUGUGUGUGUGUGUGUGUGUGUGUGUGUGUGUGUGUGUGUGUUAGUUUGUUGGUCUAUAGACGCUGAGUGUACUAAACAUUAAGAACUGCUCUUUCCAUGGCAUAGACUGACCAGGUGAAUCCAGGUGAUGUCACUCGUUAAAUCCACUUCAAUCAGUGUAGUUGAAGACAGGUUAAACCUGAUUUUUAAGCCUUGAGACAAUUGAGACAUGGAUUGUGUAUGUGAGCCAUUCAGAGGGUGAAUUGGCAAGACAAAUAUAUUUAAGUGCCUUUGAACAGGGUAUGGUAGUAGGUGUCAGGCACACCAGUUUGUGUCACAAACUGCAAUGGUUCUGGGUUUUUCAUGCUGAACAGUUUCCCGUGUGUAUCAAGAAUGGUCUACCACCCAAAAAACAUACAACCAACUUAACACAACUGUUGGAAGCAUUGGAGCCAACAUGGACCUGCAUCCAUGUGGAACACUUUUGACACCUUGUAGAGUCCAUGUCUGAUGAAUUGAGGCUGUUCUGAGUGCAAACGGGGGUGUAACUCAACAUUAAGGAGGUGUUCUUAAUGUUUGGUAUACCCAGUUGUGUGUGUGUGUGUGUGCGUGCGUGCGUGCGUGCGUGUGCACCAGUGGCAGUGCCAUGGUGCAUGUACCUUGUUGAGUGAGCAGGACAACGGCCAUCCAGCUCCACAAAACGACCCAUGCUCUCUCAAUCUCUCCCCAACAGAAAGGAUGGGUUAAGGCUCUGACUCAGGCCUACCCAGUACCUGCUCACAGUAGCCUCGUCAGAGGAACUGUCCUCUCAUACUACUGAAUCUAACAGACAAGGAGGCUGACGUAGAGAUUACGGAGAGGAGUGGCCCACACAGGCAUCAUGUGCUUUCUGAUGUAUCCCUCGAUGAGAUUCUUUGGAAUGUAAUUAUUAGUGUAUGUUUGGCAAACUGUUGUUUAAUAUUUGCUCUGCUCCCAGUUGUACAUUUACAGAAGUGAAAAGGCUAGUAUCCCUGGAGUACAUGUUUUUGCUGGGAAAUUCCCUUUGAUGGUAGAUAAACUGAAUCUCAGCAUAGUAUGACGAGACUCCUAGUCAAGGAAUGUGUAAUAUACUUGAAGAAUGAGGCAAUGGCAUUUUCUGAACUGUAGUUUGAAUAGUACAAUAAGACCCACUCAUAUCAAUCUCAAAUCAUUUUUCAUUAAAGCAGAAGAUGUUUAGACUUGACAAGAGUUGAUCCCCUUUAACGAUGUCUUAAUACACCUCUUUUAAAAAAUACUACUUCAGUUCCAUUUCUAUUGCAUAGCACACAGCUAGUUUCCCCAGACCUGUGCAUAAAGAGGCUAGUUUUCCUUUCAUCCUCUGUCAUAAAUCACUCUGAAAGUGAAGACUUCUCUCUCUCCUAUCAGUAGUUUUCAAUAAGCACAUAUGACACCUCUGUCACAUCACUUUUGUAUCGCUUUUGUAUAAGUGUUUGAUUACCUAGAUGGUUCAUAAAAAAGGAAACUAGAUUUAUUUAUCUAAACAUGAAAAAGUCUAAAGUUAUUUAAUGUAUUAAAAAUCGGGACGUAUCAUUUAACUGUAGAUUAUAUAAUCUGCUUUUUAAAUAAAGUGGUUUUGUAGCUAA